CACUCUUGCUCUUUUGCUAACUGCCUGAAGUUAUUCGGGUUUUUUUUUCUUUUCAGACUAUUUUUAUUUUCCCAGAGGUGAUCUCUCUCUCUCUCACUCACACACACACUCUCUCUCUCUCUCUCUCUCUCUGUAACUUUUAAUCUUCGGAGUUUCCGCCCAUGUGACUUUCAGUUGAGUCCCCUUCCAGCUUCCGAGAAACGACAGCAGCUAAGAAGUUCUAAAGAGAGGGAGUGAUCAGAGUGAGGUGCAGACUCUACAAGGAGGAGAACGUAGACAGCUGGCAGUGACCGUGGGAGAGUGGCAAAGAAAAUAACCAACAAAGCAGAAGAAGAAAGACUGGAGGAAAGAGUCCAAGUCAAAGAAAAAAAAGGUGGUGGUGGAAAUCACCAAGGACUUAAAAGAAGCAAGAGAGGAAAGACCACAGGCAGGGGGAGCUGUAAGCCAUGCCCCAUAGCUCUGACAGCAGCGAUUCCAGCAGCUUCAGCCAGUCCUCUUCAUCCAGCAAACAGGAGUCUUCUGAUGAUAUGAGAAAAGUACAAAGAAGAGAAAAGAAUCGCAUUGCAGCCCAGAAGAGCCGACAGAAACAGACAAUGAAAGCAGAUACCUUGCACAUGGAGAGUCAAGACUUGGAGAGACAGAAUGCUGCUUUACGCCGGGAGAUCAAACAGCUGACAGAUGAACUGAAACACUUCUCAGCCAUGCUGAAUUCCCAUGAGACUCACUGCUCCAUCCUCCACACGCAAUCCCCAGCUCCCUCCGAAGUGCUUUAUGCUCCACUCCCCUUCCCCCAGACCCACAUCAGCUCCCAGUGUUUCCAGCACUGAGUUCAGUUACUAGGACUAGGGGAAAGUUUGCAGACUCCGUGCCUGGACAGAAAUGCGAGCACUGAUGCGCUUCACUAUUAUGGACAGUUUGGGGGUAUUCCAAUGCAUAUAUCUGACUAUGACAGACACUGCUGUGAAUAAGGAGUAAAAAUGUCAGUAGGAUUUAACCCUUGUGCAGAAACUGGGGCUAACCUACAGAAUAUUUUGUUUGUGAGUUAAAUGUAGAGCAAAAAGGGUGCCACUGUAGUUCUGUUGUUUGCACUGAAAUUCUCAUAACAGAGCCUUGUAUGAUAUGAAAGUGUGUAAAAUGUACUGUAUACUGUUCUAGUGGCUCUAUAACUGGUGAGCUUGGGGAGGAGAGGAUAGAAGCAGGACGCAUUGCACUAUUUUUAAUAAAGUUUUUUAAAAGUGUAAUAUUUUAUUUUUAAAAUCUGACUUGACUGUCACUUGUAUAUUAUGUACAGAGUAAGAAACAAGACAGGAAAAACUGGGCAAGGAAGCCGUUAUAGAUUAUGACUGCAUAUUCAGGUCAAAAUAAAUGUUCCAUUAACUACACAAUUAACUAUGGGGUGCAUGUGGAUUUAAUUUUUUUGCUAAACAGCAGCUCAGGGGAGCCCAGUCAGGAUUAGGACUACAGUGUGGGGGACAGGAAAUGUAGCCCUCUGCCCCAGCAAUGGUCCUCAGAGAUUAUCACCCACCCACCUAAUUCUGGCUGCUUAGAUGGCUAGUUGUCAGGCUCCCCACUAUCACAAGAGCUUCUGUUCCUUGAAUGCUAGUAUGGAACCACUAUUCCACUUCAUAGAUUACAGCAGCAGGCCAUACAUACACCUGUGGAACAGAUUACUGGUGUUGUGCUGGGGAGCUCUUGAAGAUAGCUUCAAUGUGGAAAAAGGGCCUGAGAAACGCUUGUUCAAACUUCUGUCAGGGAAGGGGAAAGAAGUGACAAGCCUAUUAAAUUCCUGAUAUGUACUUGUGGGUUUUAAGAAGCU